GUGAAGCCCACUCUCCAGAGAGGAGGCAGUAAUGCGUCUCUCCACAACAGCACCAACAGAAACACCAUCUUCCAGCUGAUGAUCCACACACUGGACCCCCUGGGAGAAGAGACGGGCUUUAGCAGAGAUGUUAGAGGCCCUGGCCAGAGGAGAGUUAGACAAGAAACAACAGCCUUUAAUGGGGAGGUCAGGACUGAGGUGUCAGUGCAAGGGAAAGUGAGGAAUAGAGUGAAGCCUGACCCGCUGGACCCAGCAGCCAGAGGGAAGGUGGACCUCAGGACACACUGCAGACCUAUAGGUGGACCUGAUAAGACUGAGGAGGCCAAACCCUCGACCUCCCAGACUCCACCUAAAGAGGAGGAGAAACCAGACCCGUCAGAGGCACAGACGGACCAGGGGCCAGCGGGCGCAGGGGGGUCCGACGGCUCAGACAGCAGUGAGGAGGACGAGAGCGAGGAAGAGAGCGAGGACGAGGAGGAUGAUGAAGAGGGUGAUGAGGAAGAGGGUGAAGAGGAAGAGGGUGAAGAGAAUGAGGAACCUCUGUCGUUAGAAUGGCCAGACACCAGACGUAAACAGGCCACAUAUCUCUUUCUCCUACCCAUAGUGUUCCCUCUGUGGCUCACUGUGCCCGACGUACGCAACCCGGCUUCCAGAAAGUACUUUGCCUUGACGUUUAUUGGUUCCAUCACGUGGAUCGCUGUGUUCUCCUAUCUAAUGGUCUGGUGGGCACAUCAGGUGGGUGAGACAAUAGGCAUCUCAGAGGAGAUCAUGGGCCUGACCAUCCUGGCAGCUGGAACCUCCAUCCCUGACCUCAUCACUAGUGUCAUCGUGGCUCGUAAAGGACUGGGAGACAUGGCUGUGUCCAGCUCAGUGGGAUCCAACAUCUUCGAUAUCACUAUGGGCCUGCCUGUCCCAUGGUUGAUCUUCUCGGCGAUGCAAGGCGGGGUGCCGGUGGCGGUGAACUCCAACGGUCUGUUCUGUGCCAUCGUACUCCUCUUCAUCAUGCUUCUCUUCGUCAUCAUCAGCAUCGCGGCGUGUCGCUGGAAGAUGAGCCGUGUUCUGGGCCUCACCAUGUUCAUGCUUUACUUUGUGUUCCUGGUGCUCAGUGUGAUGCUGGAGGACCGUGUUAUUAUCUGCCCUGUCUCCAUCUGAGGUCAGAGGUCAGACACCAUUAUGUUAGUUUCAGGAACGUCUUUUUUUUUACUAAGAUGAAACUGGAUGUGUUGUACUGCACAGAGCAUUAUGGGUACUGUAGUACAUCAUGCUACAGUGAGGAGGGAGGAAAAAAAAGAGGUGUGUCGGGAAGUCAUUGAAGUCAUCACCGCCAAACUGUACCGUUGUCAGUAACUAACAUUCGUGGACAUCACGGUAUAGAGAGGCAGGGGAUUUGGUAGUGUUACUGUUCACAGACGUGAUUGUGUUGUCUAUGUUGAGACAGGUAUUGUUGACUCAGAGGACACCUCCAUGGUUGAACUAUUGCUGGUGUCUUUCACCAGAAUUGACGAGCAGCAGUAGAGGUUGGUCUGUCCACACCUACUGAAGAAAGUCUUAUCAGAACUGACGUGCAGGAGUAAUUGUAGAAGUUGUCCAUCCACGGUACACACACCCAUUCUAGUGUUCAUCCAUGUUCUAUGUAAAAAUUUCAACAGUCAUUUCUUUUUAGAGUUUAAAAAAAACAACAGCAGUGACAACAAAAAAUGGUUUAUCAGGUGCAGAAAGAUACAGCAGCUUGAGUUCUCAUGGAAAUGAUUCUGUGUCUAGAAUAACCAGGAACGGGGGAAUAGCUAGUCCAGUUAAAACAACCCAUAUGUAACCAUUCUUUCAUUAACUGUCAGCAUUGUAGUGUCAUGUGUUAUGUAGGUAUGUAAUACACUUGUGUGGGUAAGAUGGAUACCAGAAACAUGUAUUGACGAUAGGAAACUAUCCAUAUGCUGUAUUUACAAUCCAUGCUGCAAUUAAAUACUUUUUUUUAUAAUAUUCAAUAAAAAGGUGUAGUGUUGAUUGGAAAUUAUGUUGCAUGAAAACAAAAUGUUUUGGGGUCAUUUAAAACGGAAGCCGGGAUUCAAUCAAAGGUGUGUUGUCGACAAGCGCAAUGCACUAUUGACAACGCGUCUUUCAAAGGCAAUUUCCCCGGCGUUCACAGAGACUGCGUUCACUGUCAAGGCUGUGGAUGUCGGUUUAAGUGGAAAUUCCCGACGUGAUUUAAUCCCAAUGUAGAAACACACACGCCUGGCCACAGUAUAAGUGAUUUUAUUUCCAGUUGGAGACGACCCUGAAGAUCCAAUCAAAAGUACAUUAUGAAUUUCAUCAGAUCCACUGACCCGUCCUACAGUGGUGUAAACAACACUAGGAACAUUUUUACAAAAUGUCUUCUCUACAAAAGACCAGAUAAAAUAUUAUACAUUGACCUAAAUACAAUGAAACAUUUUGUUUGUACAUUUCCUUAUACACAACUAAUAACCUUCUGGCGCUCUAUUCAAUCUGUCCAACUGAAGCAUUACAGAUUCCAUGAUAGAAAUGUGAAGGUCAUUUCUGUUGGAGCUGCCAUAUGCAGCAUUUACCGUCAGUGCAGUCUCCUUUAAAGCAGAAACAGACCCUUUACAUUUUUAAUCACCCUGUAAAGCUGAACUUCAGCGACGCGGAUUGAAUAGAGCCCUUAACCUGCAGAGAUUGACAACAAAGCUAUUUAACGCCGUUGACACUGCUGAUAUCAUCAGUGAUAUUUUUUUUGACAUUCCGGUUCUCUGUUAACCGCUUGGUUGGUUGGUAACAAUCUUCAGCUUUCAAGAUAGCAACGUCCCAUUUCAUGUUUGCAUAGUAGCUCUAUUCUGGGAUUGGUGCUCUCAGCUGUCAAUCAUCGAAGUGGCCAGCUCUCAUUGGACCCUUCUUGACAGAGGUCCUCUUCUAGCCAAUGACAUCAGUAUGUUGUUACAUUGUAAUUGGAGGUCACCGGUGUGCCUCACUUCAGGUAAGAUGAUUCGUGGCGUUCUGUCUACAUUGCAGUCGCCAGGAUAGGUGUUUAACAUAUCUGUUGAAGGGGGACAUUAUAAAUGUCAUAAAGGUACUUCAAUGAUUUAAUUCUGAAUUGGAAGCAUUUUCGAGAGAGAUGUUGCUACAUACUUAAAACUGAGGAUUUUCAAGUGUAUACCUGGUCAAGUGCACACAAUGGGGUUGUUCUCAACUCAGACAACGGAAAGCAUUAUAAUCUAUGUUCAGGUGUGCCCACCUCUUUCUUCCCACAUAAAAUCAGCAAAACAUUAUUUAAAAUGAAUUGAAGGCAAUACACAUCGCCAAGGCUGAACUUGGUAUCAUCAGUAUAAUAGGCCAGAUAUGAACAGCCAUGUCAUCAUAGCCACUGGACUGAGGUCCUGAUACAUCAACCACUUCUUUAUUUUCAAAAGGUUUUUACUGCAUGUGAUGUGCCACUGAACGUUCAGUCGUGCUGCUGAACAGGGAAGCCAACGUAGGUUUUUACUCAUAUAGUACCUUUUAUGGAAGAAAAACAGAACACUUGUAUUGUAUUCGAUCAGUAUAUAGAUUAACAUGUAUAGAUAUAUAUAUAGGACCAUAUGUAAAGCUUUUAAGGAUGUAUCAAGUUAUUGAACGUUGGUGCGUUGUGUCAGCCUGAAGUCCUCAACAUGGGUUAGAAACCAGACGUUGCGUUUCAGGAGAACUGAACUGGCAUCAGGUUUGGGAAUACAACCUGUGACUGGAGCGACUCAGUCAGGGUUGGGGUCAAUUCCAUUUUAAUUUAGCCAAUUCAGAAAGUAAACCAAAUUACAAAUUGAAAAGCGUUGAAGAGAAAUUGACUGGAAUUGAAAUGGAAUUAACCCCAACCCUGGACUCGCCUACACGUCAAUGAUAUGAAUCAUUCUUACUGACCCCAGCUCUAGACGUAUAGCUCCUAACAGAACUAUACUGAACAACAAUAUAAAAUGCAACAUGCAACAAUUUCAAAGAUUUUACUGAGUUACAGUUCAUAGAA